AUGACAGUUCUUUCCUUUUAUCUUGACAUCUCUGGUACCCCCAGCCCACGGCUUGCAUGCACAUACACCGACGCUCCCGACCUCUAUACCUGGGUCAACAAAACCUACCUGCAGAACCCAAUGUGGAUAAACGCCUAUCUCUACCUUACCUUACCGGAUUACUGUGCGCGCACGAACAGCACCCACUUGGGGCUCUACAAUAAUCUCGCCAUAGUGCCGACGCUGUACAACCGUUUCGGCGUGGUCAACACCACGACAACUAGAACAACCGGCCAAUAUCCUCAUCGCCCUGACGAGCCUCUACCGCGGCCCCGCCAAUGGUUCGUCUUCACUCUCACCCCGGCCGCCCUGCAGUCGCUACUGCAAAACAUGAACCUCUCGCUGCUCACCCUCCACCAGACCACGACCCACGAGCACCGUCAUAAAGACCGUCACUGUCAGCACCGACGCUUUAGGCUGUUGAGUGUUUAA